CGUACUAGAAUUUAAACUUCCGCGUUCCAAAAUUCAGGUAGAGACGAACUGAUAGAAAUAUAAUUUUGAAGUAUUGUAAUAAUAUUGGAAAAUAUACAUGUUUAAGAACGGUGUGACUAGUGAAGAUAAAUAGUGACAUGAUCAGUAUUAACAAUUAAAAGACAGUUUUAUGUUAUAUCUUGAACAACUAAACACCUUAAAUCAGAUCACAAAAUGGAGGUGUCUGGAAAGGUAACUUCAACAUCCAAGACGAACUUUGACCUGUACUGUAUUCCAUGUGAUACAGAUGGAUUAAAGGAGCCGGCUCACGGAUUUUGUCAGGACUGCCAGGAACAUCUUUGCAAAAGUUGUUUCAAACAUCACAGAAGGUCAAGACCAUCUAGAAACCACGUGCUGCUUGAAAAAGAUGCCAUGCCGACACAACAAACGAUCGUUGAUGACGUAAAUGCAGACGUCAUUACUGACAAGUGUAUCAACCAUAGGGAUAAACAUCUGGAGUUCUAUUGUAACCAUCACAAAACUGUAGCAUGUUAUGUCUGUGUAACGCUUGAACACAAACAAUGUAAAGUAGAUUAUAUUCCUGAAGUGUCAGGAAAUGUAUCUGACGACUUGAUGGAUUUGAAUAAAAAGAUGGAAGUUUUAAUCAAGAAAAGUGAAUAUAACAUUAUGAAAGCUGCAGCUGCUACAAAACAACUAGAACAAAGUCAUGGAAAAGUCAUUGAAGACAUACAGCUGUUUAGGAAGGAAAUAAACGACCGUUUAGAUCAGAUGGAAUCGAUCAUUAUUAAAGAAGCUGAAACUGUUAUUAACACAGCAAACCAUAAACUUGAGAAUAUCAAGGAUGCUUACGAAAAAAUAGCCGAGGAAGUGAAACGUUCACAGUCAUUUCUAAAUGACCUGAGUAAAACAAACAAGCAGAAUAAGCUUUUUAUUGAAAUGAAGAACAUCACACAUCGUAUCAUGACACUGGAAAAUGAAGAAAUACAGAUUGUCAAAGAUAAUAUGACAUAUGACGACAUUCAAUUUGACCGGAACGAAAAACUACUUGAUCAAUUGAGAAGUGGGAAAAUAUUUGGAACAAUUUUAACAUACAGAAAACCAUCAGCAGAUACUGAAUUAUGUGUCACAUAUGAAAGAUCCCUCAACGUGAAAUUUCCCUCUGACGAAAAAAAAUGUGAUGUGACUGGGACUGUAAUGAUUUCUGUCACACAAAUGAUCGUCGCUGAUUAUGGCAAUGAGAAAAUUAAAAUGAUUAACAUUGAAACAGGAACGCUGGUGUCAGAGAAAACCCUGUCUUCAGUUCCAAGAGAUGUGAUAAAACUUCCACAAAAUAAACUUGCUGUUGCUUUACUUAAUGAAAAGUGUAUCCAGAUAUUGAGUUAUACCGAUACAAGUUUGUCUUUAGAUCGUCGUAUAGAUGUCGGAGAAAGAUGUUAUUGUGUAGGUUAUUGCCAGGGCAAGUUAGUAGUAGGCUGUAAUUAUAAUCCAGGACAGCUAGUUGUUUUAGAUCUAGACGGAAACAUCAUACAGUUUUUUGAUACUCCUCGAAUGUUUGAUGGACCUGAGAAAAUUCUUAUCAGCAGUGAUGAAAAAUUCAUGUACGUGUCUGAUUGCAAAGCAUAUAGCAAUAGCAAGUGUAUAAAGAUAGACUGGCAAGGUAAUGUUGUAAAAAGGUUCGAGGAUCAAGGAUAUCGAUGGCCUAAAGGAAUACAGGAGAUGGAAGAUGGUACGUUGAUAGUUUGUUUCUGCUCCAAUCACAAAACUGUCAGAUUGUCGAGCAGUUUCAAGGAAUGUGAGAUCAAAGGAUUCGAGAACAUAGACAUUAAUAAUCCGCAGACUGUAACAUACAGUCAAAGAAAUCACAAAUUAUAUGUCAGUUGUUCUUCUAACAAGGGGAGUAGUGUAAAUGAUACAAUAAAAGUGUUCAAUGUUAAAUAGAUUAUUGGUAUGAUUUGUGAAUAUAUGCAAAGUGACACAUUGGAUGUGAUCCAUAAUAAGACACCUUUAAUUAAUGGGAGCAUACUACAUACAAAAAUACAUCUUGUAUUCAAAGUAGAUGAAUUACGGAUAUUCAGAUUAAUAUUUUAUUUGAAAAAAAAUUUAUUAUGUAGUGUUGUCCCGAUUGUCUCUGAAAAUCGAUAACUAAUCGGAUCACCCCAAAAUCGGCAACAAUCGAUAGUCCUUUUUAAAAAUCGAUUAUUUUAAUGUUCUACCACGUACCGCUGACUUGCCUGUACUAUAUUAUUAAUACUUAUUACUACUUUAGAAAAUUAUAGUGUGUAAUAACAUAAUAUUAUAAACUUUCAUAUCUACUGUAGUUAAAUUAGUGAUCUACAAUAUUUUUACCUGUUGACUAGUACUUAUAUUGACUGCCAUAAAGUUGUGUAAUACAAUAAUUGCCUGUUACAAAGUUGUAUUAGGUAUCUGUGCCGGUAUGACUAAAUACCUAAUAUGAAUUCAUAUUCGCAAAUAUGAACGGGAGUACCGAAUAUGACUUCAAAGAGUAAAUCUUACUUUAAUCUUGAUGACUAGAGUUUAUUCAUUCUCAAAAUGUGGUCACUACUGUAUAAAAAAAUACAUACUAGGAAUGGUACCUUAAAAGAAAAAAGGGCCAUAAAAAAUGCAAAACUCGAUUAUACUAUCGGCAGACAAUCGAUUGUGGUGGUCCGAUUAUGAUUGUGAUUUUUGAGCCCGAUACCCAACACUAAUAUUAUGAAAGUAGAUAGCAUUUGUUUCUUUUCAAUCAUGAUCAUCAUUUAUAUACCACGUUAACUUAUUUACUUGUCAUCUCAUAUUUGAAUUUAAUUGAUUAUUCUACUCUGAAGACUUGUGGGGAUACCUUUAUUCCUUGUUUUUGUGUGUAAAUAAAAUAUCAUUAUACAUAAAUAUUAUAAAUAAAUGUUGAAUAUCUUUCUAUACCGUGACCAAAAAAAAUGGAAAAUAUAAUAUUUUGAUACAAGUGUUAGGUUUGUAAUAAUUACUAUCUGAUUCAGAGUGACUUUAUCGGUGUUGUAUAAAUAACGUAUAUAAUCCCUGGUUAUAAUUUGAUUAUUUAUUUUCAUUGUGUGGUAUACACAGGUCAUAAUACAUGCAAUCAAUUACAUAGA